AUGCCAGCCUUCUCCGACCACGACGAUGCGGCCUAUGCGGCCGACGUCGAGGCAGCCUCACCAUCGUCCUCGAUGUCCUCGCCGUCCCGACGCCAGCAGCGGAGCUUGGCGAAAGGCCGUGAGUUCGGCCUGUACGCGAACCGUCUGCGACACCAUAACCCCUCGAUGAAACACGAGGGCGAUGCUCCCGAACAGCCGCACCAGCCGCACCAGCAGCAGCAGCCGGACCAGGGCUAUCCAAACAGCAACCACAGCAGCAGCAGCGUCAACACCCAUCCCAACUCCUACACAAACGAGCAGCUCGACCCAGGCAGUCGAAGCAACAGCGCUGCAGGCAGAGCAUCCAAAUCGCCUCGAUCGCGAGUCUUUUACGACCGGUCUCCCGCAGCCGAGAAUUUUGACAACUACGACGACGACGAGGAAGAGGACGUCGAGUCUGCCGACAUCUUCACCGCCCGCCCGGUGCAACUGCAGCCGCUACAACACCAGCAGGUUCAACAGCAGCCUCACCAGCCGUUCCAGCCUCGCCAACCUCAACAGUUUCAACAGCCUCGCACGCUCUCGCCCACCUUUGCCGUCUCUCCCAUCAGCUCGCCCGUCUCAUCUCCCUCACUUCGCUGGGCUUCUCUAGCCCACGGCAACGACCACACCUCGUCUUCGAUCGACUCGAUCGCUCAGCCAAUCGCCUCCACAUCUUCGGCUGCCACCAGCCCGCGGUCUUCCACCCCAAAGGCCUUCCGCACCAGCUCCAACAACUCCGGCUCGCGUUCCCAGUCACCCGCUUCAAUCAACAGCCGCUUCCUCGGCCUCAGCUCACACCCCUUUGUCGCCCGGAGUCCGACGCCCGAUCGUUCCUCCCCAAUUCCACCGUCGACUCUCCCCUGGCUGCCGGCGGACAGCGGAGGAUCAUUAACCCAAGCCCUGCGCUCGCCUUCUCCCGCUUCCGAGCGGCCUUCGCCCACGACGUCUUUUGCGUCCGACGGCAUGCUCGUUGGCAACUUUUCUCGUCCUCGUAUGGCCAGCAUUAGCCGCGGCUCGCGCGAUGCCCGACCAGCGCCAAUGGGCCUCCACUCACAGCCAUCCUGGCCCCAAGAACUUGCCCGUGGCUUCUCGGCCGCCUCCAACCGCUCCGGGGGCACCUUUUCCCCUCUUCCUCACCGGCCCUCGAACGACCAGCUCCACGGUGGCCGUCACGGUCCCCCCCCCCCGCUACAGGCUUCCGGCAUGAUCUCUCCAGGCUUGCCCCGACCACAGGCUGCGUACAGCCGAACUGACGGCAUGGGCGGCAGCUACGGCGCCCACCACAACCAACCGAUGCCGCCCCAGGUCAACUACCCCUUCCACCACCAGAUCAACCACCAGAUCGGCCGCUCAAACAGCCAUCAGAACCUGUACCAACACCCCUACCAGGCCCCGCACACCAAUGGCUCCGGCGGCAGUGCCCAUGCCCGGGAUCCACUACCGUGGAUUGCCGACGAGGCGCUCCGGUCCAGCUACCGGUCUCAGACGACAAACUCUACCGCGCAGGGAACCCUGUUCACCGCCACGGGCACAGACCGGAGCAGCAUGGCGACAAAGACGAGCUCGCGAGCCUCUAUCUCGUGGUACGCCAACGCAGCCUCGGGCGGCGACGACAGCCUGGACGUCGACGAUGUUAUGGAUAUGUACGAAAAAGGCUUCGCUGACUCGACUGGCGCUGAGGACAACGCCAAGGAUUCGGGAGACGAGGUGCUGACUGACGGUGAAUGCGCCAUGCUUCCGCCGCCGCUGGCUGCAGAGGAGGGCAGGGAGCAGUACCUCGUGCGCGAUUCCGCUGCAUUCUUCCGCAACUCGGGCCUGCCGUCGUCUCUGCCCGACCAUGCCGGCCUCGAGCUUGUGGCCCAGAAAGCAGCGGCCCGGAGGGAGGAGGAGAUCGAUGCGGACGACAAGUACAACAUGUACGACAGGUACGACGAGAAGCAAGACCUUCAGCUCGACGACGAGCUCGACGAGAAACAAGACCUCCGACUCGACAAGGACGACGAGAAGCACUACCUUCAGCCUGACAGCUACGAGAAGCACGACCCGGAGCCGGACGAGUACGACGAACCGGAAAUCGAGCGGGAAAAGCGCGACUCUGCCAAGAUGCUCGAACGGGAGGACCAGAUUAAGAUGCAGUCGCCUCUGACCGUUGGGCUGGGCGUCGAAGCUGGCGAGAGCCGUCCUGGGUCGGCCAGGUCGUCCCUCUUCCGAAACGCAACCGAGGCCGAGGAUCCCGACUCCCGCGACCGGUAUGGCUUCCGCAAGCAGAACCAGUACAUCAGCCGGCAGCAGUACGACUCGUGGAACGGCCCGUACACAGAUUACAUCAACCGGCGGCGGCGGAAGUGGGUGGCGUAUCUUAAGGACUCGGGGCUGAUGACGGAGAAGCCAAACCGGUUCCCGCCGCCGAGCGUCAAGACCAAACGGUUCAUCCGCAAGGGUAUUCCGCCCGAGUGGCGCGGCGCGGCGUGGUUCUACUACGCCGGAGGCCCCAGCAUUGUGGCCAAGCACCCGGGCAUCUACGACUGCCUCGUGCGGCGGGUAGCGGCCGGUGAGGCCAAGGAAGUCGACAUCGAAGCGAUCGAGCGCGACCUGCACCGCACCUUUCCCGACAACGUGGCCUUCCAGUUCGCGGACGGCCAGCAGCCCGGACACGGCGACAACCGGGAUCUGGAUGCGGACGGCAAGCCGAACACGGACCCGACGGCAGACCGAUCGGACGAGCCGAAGAUCGUGUCGAAGCUGCGGCGCGUGCUGCUGGCCUUUUCGAUCUACAACCCGCGUAUCGGGUACUGCCAGAGCCUCAACUUCCUGGCCGGGCUGCUGCUGCUCUUUGUCGAGACAGAGGAGCAGUGCUUCUGGCUGCUGAACGUGAUCACGCGCAUUUACCUGCCGGGAACGCACGACAUGUCGCUGGAGGGCUCCAAGGUCGACCUCAGCGUUCUGAUGACAGCGCUGCAGGAUUCGCUGCCCAACGUGUGGGCCAAGAUCGGCGGCGAGCUCGACAUGGGCGCCGGCCACCCGGGCCAGCGGCACCAGGCAGCGGCACACGAGGCGGCCAAGCACAGCAACCCACUGGGGCUGCGGAUGAAGCUGCCAAUGCUGGGCGGACGGGGAGCCGACGCACUGGCAGCAGCAUCGUCGGCGGACCACCUGCCGCCCAUCACUCUGUGCAUGACGGCCUGGUUCAUGUCCUGCUUUAUCGGCACGCUGCCGAUGGAGACCACACUGCGGGUGUGGGACAUCUUCUUUUACGAGGGCAGCAAGACGCUCUUCCGGGUGGCCUUGGCGGUCUUCAAGCUGGGCGAGUCGGAGAUCCGGGCGGUCAAUGACCCGAUGGAGAUGUUCGGCGUCGUCCAGGCGUUUCCGCGCCGGCUGCUGGACUGCAACAUGGUCAUGGAGGCGACGUUCCGACGGCGCAACGGCUUCGGCCACCUCAGCCAGGAGAACAUUGAGGAGAAGCGGCGGGAGCAGCGGGACGUGUUGAAGGAGGCGAGGAAGCCGGACACGGCCGACAGCAAAGCGGAUAGCGGCAGCAUUGUUGGCGGUGGGGGUGGUGGCAGUAUUGGUGGUGUCAGCAGUGGCGGUGCCACCAGAGACACGACGACGGCAACGACGACGACGGCGACGACUAUGGCGACGACGGCGACGACAAAGGGCACGCUUGCCGACGGACAAAGCGCUGGACGCCUGUUUGCCGGCCCGGAUGCGCACGACGAGCUCGGCCAGGAUGUGCGCCGAAAGGGGACGACCCUGUUUGGUCGCUCGCGGCGCGAGCGACGACCGCUGGCCGAGGUGAUGUAG